ACAACAGGUGUCAGGUUACAGCUUGUCCACUGGGUGGCGCCAGAGCAGUUGCAUUUAUACCUGCCUCAAAGGAUGCUGGGUAACUUCCUCUCAGGAUCAGGCCGCUGUAACGGGUGUGACAUCACGCAGGAUUGACACGUGGUCAGGUGGUCGGUGGAGUUAUCAGGUGGAUCCGUGAUCUGCGAGGCAUGGAGGACGUACGCGCCGUGAUGUCCUGCUUUUCCAGCCCCGUGUACACCCGCUACUGGCAGCACUACCAGCAGGCGAUGGCCUGGCACCAGAGACACCGGCGUGCCUAUCGAAAGGCCUGGGAGGCGGCAUACGGCCCCGCGUACUGCCGGGAGCAGCAACCCAGCAGCCGGAGGCGAUAUGAGGACUGGCAUGCUGACGAGGAGAGCAGCUCGGACAGCGAGAUCGAGUGCGACGUGAGCAACAUGGAGAUCAGCGAGGAGCUCCGGCAGUACUUCGCCCAGACGGAGAAACACAGAGAGGAGCUGAAGAAGCAGCAGCAGAUCGAGGCCGAGCAGCACGACAGCUACGUGCCGGCCGACCGGGACCUUCGCGGCGGCGGCGCCUCCUGGCGAGGCAGCGCGGCUCCUCCCUUAGAGCGACCCGGAGAGAGACGCGGUGCCGAGAUGAAGAAGCUGUACGGCAAGGACGCGGCGAAAAUCCUCGCCAUGGAGACGGCGAUGCAGCUCAAUUUCGACAGGAACUGUGACCUCAAACAGCCCAAGUACUGGCCCGUUAUCCCGCUGAAACUGUAACAGCUGUGGGCACUGGGCAGGAAAUCCCUGUGGGAAGACGGCAGCUUUGUCACGUAACGGAUGGAGGCUGUCGACAGCGUCGGCGGUUAAUUUAAGCACGAAAAGUUGCAGAAAAUUAGCCGAGCUUCUGUCGCCGACCUUCGUUCUUUGAUUUCGAUGCUGCACGUAGUGUUGAAUCUUUUACAUACAUUAUUUUUAACUCGGACAUGAACGCGGGAGGCGGCAGUGUCAGCUGAGGGUCAGAGGUGGAGCAGAGCGGCCCUCGUACGCGGAGGUGAUGUGAAUAUAUAUGAACAACGUGCCUGCGUGUUUCUGUUUGUUCACCCUGCAGCUCCUCUCAUACCCGUCAGCUUCAGUUAAACACAGGAACACUGCCGCUCCUCGUAUUCCACUUCUCAUCCACAAAGACGACGCUGAACCUCGGCCUUCAUGUCGUUUCUAUCAUUUGUUUUUUAGACUGAGAUGUGUUUUGAUAUCAGUGUUUGUUUAUAAUAAAAUCUUU